AUGACAGUCAUCUCUUCCUUGGGAGGACAUGUCACGCUCACAGGCGUGAAUCUUUUUCUCUACGCGAGAAGUGGCUCCUUCUUCGCACCUCCUGACGCAAGUGCCCAUUGGGACGACGGUGACUACAAUAGGAGACCUAUUCAGGAAUUCGGCGUCGGAACCCAAUUCGAAAAUGGUCUUUAUGGCUUUUUGUUUCACGAAAGUUGCUGGUCUGUGUUGGAGAGAGCCUUCCACCCCGAGCCUGUGCCGUUGGGCCGACUGUACGAAGUCUGCUUGUCGAUGCCGAUGCCUCUUGCAACAAAGUGCAUCAACUGGGGACACGACUACGGGGGACUUCAUUAUUGGCAGAAAAAGCCCUACCUCCCGUGGGAUGUCAUUGAGGAGCCCGGGGUAUACAGCAUGGAAGAUCUCGUGGCCUAUGAACCCGGUGACUCUGAAGCCAGAAGAGAGUGGGAAAAACAAUGCGAGCUCCCGCCAAAGCGACAGAAAGAUUCCGAUGAUGAUUCUGGUGAUGAUGAGUGGACCGAGCCAACUCUGCGCGUAUUAACAGUGACCAGCGACCCCUAUCACGUAAAGGAGCUCCGCACGAUUCUUCUAGAACAACCAAAACCGCCACCGAUGAGGCGUAUGCCCUACUUCUUACCAAAUGCAACAACCGACCUAUUUUCCCGGCUGCCUCAGGAGCUUCGCGCUGCGAUUGCAACACAUUUGUCCACCGCGGACUUCUUCAAUGGGCGCCUGGCCUUACGCGGUCUCGGCGACAUAUUCAACAGUCAGCAGUUCUGGGCGACGAGGUUUCUAGAAGAUGCGGCUGAGCGAUCCUGGAUUUUUGAGUCACAUCAACUGUUUGGCCACGCACUUGACUGGCACUUUCUGUACAAACGGACUUCCGAUACCCAUUUGUCCCAGUCGGGUGGAAUACGGAACAGACGACGAGUGUGGGAACUGGCACUGCGACUCAAAACUAUCCUCUCUCUAAAUCCCUUGGAUCGACUCCCUCCCUUCAAGGACGCAACGGAAGGCGGAAACGCUCAAUGGAUAACCGCACAAGCUGACAUCUGCAGCCCAACCCCCGAGCAACCACACAAGAAUUUCUUCGGUGGGCCCAAAGGCAUCUACCUGAGAAAUCUUGUCGCAAUCAGAUUUCAUUUCAGCCAUGAGCUGUAUGGCAUUGAUUUCAGAUACAACGAUGACUACGUCCCGGACAGCUGUUACUCUAUUGGUCGCCACAAAUGCCCUGGGCGCUCGUGUUAUGGCGACUACGAAUUCGACAUUGACGGACCUGGUGGUGAGCUGGUUGCCUCCAUCGAAAUUUCACUCUUCACAUCGGAUGGAAACGAAGACAAAGUAGGAUAUCAGACGAUCGUGGUAGAUAUGAAGAUCGAGACGAACCGAGGCCGAUCCUUCCGGCUGACCAACAAAGACUUCGAUGCAAUGACUGCGCAAUCGACGGGCAAGGUAAUCACAAGAAGUUUGGAAGCCACCAAUGGAACCACUAUCACAGGGCUAUACGCUCAUCAGUUCCAUGGAAUGAGAUCUGCUUUCAUGACACUCGGCGUGAUGAGUGAAGCGCUAUGA